UUAUUAGAUCUUUUAUCCCUCUUCCUCCAUUCUUGAUUUUUGAUUAAUUAAAACUCUUAACCAUGAAUUACAUGCGACGAUCUUCCUCCUGUUCCUCGUUUAUUUAUCCUGCUAAUAUGAUUACUAUGGUUGCAUUUCUUAUCAUCCUUUCGACAGGAUCAGGAGCUGACGCGAGCAUUGGUGUAAACUUCGGUACACUCGCGAACAACCUCCCUCCGCCGCGUCAAGUGGCGGAGUUCCUCCUCCAUUCCACCGUCAUCAACCGCAUCCGCCUCUUCGACGCCGAUCCUCAAAUUCUCCAAGCCUUCGCUCACACCGGUGUUGCCGUCACCGUCACCGUCUCCAACGACCAAAUCCCACACCUCACAAACCUCUCCUUCGCCCAGCGAUGGAUCUCCGACCACAUCCAACCUCACUUCCCCUCCACCAACAUCAUCCGCAUCCUCGUCGGUAACGAAGUCAUCUCCACCGGUAACCACCUCCUCAUCAGAAACCUUGUCCCGGCGAUGCAAUCCCUCCACACCGCCCUCGUCUCCGCCUCUCUCCACCGUCGUAUCCAAAUCUCCACGCCGCACUCCCUAGGAAUCCUCUCUCACACCACUCCUCCGUCUUCCGCUAGGUUCCGACAAGGCUACGACAAGCAUGUCCUAAAGCCUCUCCUCAGCUUCCUCCGCACUAUUGCCUCACCCUUCGUCGUGAAUCCUUACCCGUUCUUCGGGUACUCACCCGAGACUCUCGACUUCGCUCUGUUUAGACCUAAUCCAGGCUUGUUCGAUCAAGACACGAAGCUUCAUUACACAAACAUGUUCGACGCUCAGCUUGAUUCCGUCUACUCCGCCAUGGAACGACUCGGAUUUUCCGACGUCGCGAUCGUGGUGGGAGAAAUCGGAUGGCCGUCUAAGGGAGACAGAGAUCAGAUCGGCGUAGACGUCGCCACCGCGGCGGAGUUUAACAGGAAAGUGAUGGACCGUGUAAACUCCGGUACCGGAACGCCGCUGAUGCCUAACCGGACUUUCGAGACGUACAUUUUCGCGCUAUUCAACGAAAAUCUCAAACCGGGACCGAUUAGCGAGCGUAACUUCGGUCUUUUCCGGUCCGAUUUAACACCGGUUUACGACAUCGGAAUCCUCCGGCCGACGGCUAGAACAUCGGAUCCACCGGAGAACAACCGGCGAUCACCGGUCGGAGGAUCUUCGGGGAAGCGGUGGUGCGUUACAAAGUCUGGCGCGGAGACGGAGGCUUUACAGAGGAACAUAGAUUACGUAUGUGGAUUGGGCUUAGACUGUGAGCCCAUUAUCGAAGGUGGGCCUUGUUUUCUCCCCAACACAGUGGAAGCCCAUUCAGCGUACGCUAUGAACUUGUUCUACCAGACAAUGGGGAGACACGAGUUCGACUGCGAUUUCGAUAAGACUGGAGAGAUAACUUCAAUUGAUCCCAGCUAUGGAGAUUGUCAAUAUCAGGCUGAAUUUGUAUGAAAAUACACAAUGUAAUUUGCAGAAAUAUUCGAGUUAUGGUUCAAAUCAUAACAAUACCAAGUACUAUUAGAAUAAUCACACUUAACAAAAUUCAGCUAUCGUUUCUAGCUUCA